AUUAGAUAACGUCGGGUUGCGGUUAAAUAGCAAAGAGUCACAGCUACACAUUCAUGGAGAACCAACAACAUGUGUUUCGUUAACACCCCUCGAAAUUUGUUUCGACUGUAAAAAGCUUUAUUUUGAAAGUCUUAGCGGAAGUGCUUGUUGUUGACAGCCAGGCUUUUUGCUGUGACCUGGAUGUAACUAACAGGCGGCAACGUUGUUCACGCAAAACUUCACUCACUUCUGCAAUUUAGUCUUUAAACGUGAAUUAUCUUUUUAAAUUUUCUUCAGCGAAAGCAGACGGCUCAACGGUGACAUUCCGGUUUCCACGGGUGCUUCGGUCGCGGUCAGCGUGUUGUUGCUAGCGGUGGUCAGCAGGUCUCCAGCUGAAACCAGUUGCCUUCAAGAUGCUGUCAUCGGGCAGGAGCGUCGCUGUCCGGCUGCUCAGGCCGGCCUCGUGGCUCCCUCUCCGGCAGAGUUCUGAAGGAAGGCCUGUUAGCUCCCAGCAGAAAGAGUUAAUAAAGAAACGUACACUAGAGAAAGAUGAGCUUCGACCACUCUACAUGGACUUCCAGGCUACCACUCCCAUGGAUCCCCGAGUCCUGGAUGCCAUGUUACCCUACCAGGUGAAUUUCUAUGGCAACCCUCACUCUAGGACACAUGCCUAUGGCUGGGAGAGUGAGACAGCCAUGGAAACUGCGAGGAAGCAGGUAGCUGAUCUGAUUGGAGCUGAUCCCAGAGAGAUCAUCUUCACCAGUGGAGCCACUGAGUCCAAUAACAUGGCCCUCAAGGGUGUAGCCAGGUUCUAUCACGCCAAGAAGCGUCAUAUAAUCACCACACAAACAGAACAUAAAUGUGUUCUGGAUUCAUGUCGGGUUCUUGAGGCCGAAGGAUUCAGCAUCACAUACCUGCCAGUCCAGAAGAAUGGACUGCUAGAUCUGGAGCUGCUGGAGGCCUGCAUUCGUCCUGACACCUCUCUGGUGUCGGUGAUGACUGUCAACAACGAGAUUGGAGUCAGGCAACCCAUCAAAGAAAUUGGUAAUAUUUGUCGUUCUAAAGGUGUCUUCUUUCACACUGAUGCUGCUCAGGCGGUUGGAAAGAUUCCCAUCAAUGUUUCCGAAUGGAAGGUCGACCUGAUGUCAAUCAGUGGUCACAAAAUAUAUGGACCCAAAGGUGUGGGUGCUUUGUAUGUGCGUCGCAGGCCUCGUGUGCGUUUAGAGCCACUACAGAGUGGGGGUGGCCAGGAGAGGGGGCUGCGCUCCGGCACGGUUCCUACCCCGCUAGUUGUUGGGCUGGGAGCUGCCUGCAGCAUUGCCCAGCAGGAGAUGGAGUAUGAUCAUCACAGAGUGUCCAUGUUAGCCAAUCGUCUGGUCCAGAAGAUCAUGUCUGAGAUUCCUGAUGUGGUCAUGAAUGGAGAUCCAGAACAACGCUACCCCGGCUGUAUCAACCUGUCCUUUGCUUAUGUGGAGGGGGAGAGUCUGUUGAUGGCAUUGAAAGAUGUCGCUUUGUCAUCUGGCAGUGCAUGUACGUCUGCAUCUCUGGAGCCGUCGUACGUCCUUCGAGCAAUUGGAGCAGAUGAGGACCUGGCUCACUCUUCCAUUAGGUUUGGUAUUGGCAGGUUCACGACUGAAGAAGAGGUCGACUACACAGCAGAGAAAUGUGUCCAGCAGGUUCAGAGACUCAGAGAGAUGAGUCCUCUGUGGGAAAUGGUUCAGGAAGGCAUCGAUCUGAAGAGCAUCAAAUGGACUCAGCACUAGAUUCCCUCCCUAGCUGUUGCCAGCGAUGAUGAUGAUGAUGAUGGUUCCUAGGACAUUUUGGGAACGGACCAGCUUUUUCUUCCUAUAAACAAACACGCACAAAUUUCCUGUCUGACUUGAAGUCUGAUUAGAGAAGUACCACUGUGUCCCUGUAGAAUCGUCUUCAUCUCCUGCUCUGUUAGGUGCUCUGAAAGUCUCUGCUCAUUGUAGUGAUACCACUGUUUUAUACCAGUUACUUACACAAGAAGUUGUCAGUCUGCAGCAUCUGUAUUUCGUAUCACAGUUGUUACGUUUUAGCCUGGGUGACCUUCAGUAGUUCUGACAUUUGUGACCCUGAUUAUGAAAUCCUUUAAGUCCAAGUUACAGUCAAGCAUGUGUUCCAUCACAUUUGCUAUAGACAGAUUUCUGACAUUAAACUGUUUCACAAACAACAUGCAAGCAAUGAACUCAGCUAAAAUUUGACACGUAACUAAUUGGAAUUAUGUCUAUAUUGCAACUCAUGUCUAUAAAAGGAAUGCAGACACAUUUAUCUGCAAUUUGUGGACACGAAAUGAUACCAGAAAUGUUAAAUUCAAUCCAGAAAAAGAGCUGCUGAUCUGGCAUACAGGCUUUUGUCAAAGUGUCCAAGAUGGGCAACAACACUGAGGACACAUAAGAACAAAGACUAGUGAUGAUCCAGACCUACCGUAAGUCCCUUGGCUAAUGCCAGGAUUCAAAUAUUUGAGCCACAAUAAGUAAAUAAUACAUGUUUCCUGAGUGGUUUUUAAGGUGAUGCGCUGUUAUGGCUAGUUUAUCUUACAGUUUGUGCUUUUCUUGCCACAUCAGUGUUAAAAACAGCAUUGCGUUGGUGUAUCUACAGCAGUUCCAAGUAAACAAUGUUUAUAAAAAAAGCUUGAUGGUUCAAUAUAACUCUAAGUCUGGAACUCUUUAAUACUGAUGUUCUGACUGCUGAAGUUUUCUUUGAGAUGUUGUAAAGUAAAAAUAGCUUUGACUUAGUGGCUCAUACUGAGAGGUAACAUUUUGAUCAUGUGUGUCUGAGGUUUUUAAUGUGAAUGGUAAGUUGAUUCUGAGAUGAUGAAUAUUCAGACACUGAAAGCUGGUAGAUGAAUACAGGUUGCGUUCUCUCAGUGUAGGGAACUGGUUUUCUAUUGUAUUUAUUGUUCUCCAGCAUCUACUUCUCUUCCGCUGUUGCGCACAGUGUGAAUAUUACUAUCCAGUAAACUUCAUGUAUAUGCAAUAAACCAUCAUUUAAAGUAAAA